CACAACCGGCCGCCGUCCACCCCCUCCUAGAGCGGAACCACAUUCCACGGCUCUAAGGCCAUGUCGCCGGCGUCCCUCGCAGCUCGGCUCCUACGCCGCGCCGCUUCCACCUCUUCCUCUCCUCUCUCCGCUCUUGUCCGCCGCGGUCUCUGUUCCUCGGCGCCCGUUCCCCUCCUCCGCCGUCUCCCUGCGGCCACCUCAUCGACGGCGGGGACCACCGCCCGCCGCUUCCUGGCGUCGCAGUCCCCGGCGUCCUCCUCCACGUCUUCGGCGGACGAUAACCUGAGGCGCAUCGUCGAGUCUGAGAUCGAGUGCGUUGUCCAGUCGGAGGAGAGCAACACCGACAAGCACAUUGAUCUACCAGAGGACUUCCCUUUUGAGAUCAUAGACAAUCCUGGUGAUCAGUCAAUAACCCUCCAAAGGGAGAUUGCAGGGGAGACAAUUAAAGCUGUUAUAUACACCAACUUUGAUACAGAUGAACAUUUGGAUGAUGAGGAUGACAAAAGUGGCACAGAUGAGGAAUCUUUCAAACCACUACUUCAGAUGGUUGUCACUAUUAAAAAACCAGAAGGUCCAAUCCUAGAAUUUGACUGCAACUUUAAUGAUGAUGAACUAACAAUUGAAAAUAUGAGGGCGCUGAACCGUGAUAACCCCGAUGCUAAGAAUGUGUAUGAGGGGCCACAAUUUUCGGACCUGGAUAAGAGCUUGCAGAAGGCCUUGCACAGGUACCUUGAGGUCAGGGGGUUCAAACAUUCACUACAUGAUUGGCUGUACGAAUACAUGAUGAGAAAGGAUGAGAAGGAGUAUGUUGUUUGGCUGAAGAGCAUGAAGGAGUUCAUCGGCGGAAAUUGAUUGUUUGCGCUUUAAGUUUUAUCUGCAUUGUGAGAACGAGACCUGUACUCAUCAUGAAAUACUAGCAUCAUAAUUGCGCGAAGAUACCUGGCAUGGCUUUACAUCCUGCUGGUGCAAGAGUUUUUGUUGACCUGGUA